CGCAGGAGGAUGCCUCGCGACAAGCUCGUCGCCUCCGAGAGUGAUGUCAGCAUUGAGGUGAAUGCAGGUAAGAAUCUUGAGCAAUCUGAGAAAGAGCAGCGGAGAAGGAAGGCCAAGAGACGGAGAGAUAAAGAGGAAGAGAAGACGGGAAUAGAGGAAGACGGCGAAGAGGUGGACAAAGAGAUCCAAAGGCGGAGAAAGCAUGGGAGGAAUGGAAGAGCGAGGGAGCUUAAGGAAGAGAAAGAGGAGGAGAACAGGAAUCACCGGAGACAAAGACCGUCUAAAACAGAGGAGGAAAUAACGACCAGUCGGAAGAAAGCCAAGAAGAAACCGGACGAUGAAGCACAGAAGACAGACAAAGGGAAGAAAAAAAGAAAGAAAGUGGAAACCAGUUCUGAAUCCUCUGAGGUGGAGGAACUAGUUGAGGAAGAGGAGGAGGAGGAAGAGGAGGAGGACGCGGUGGUGGUGGUGGGGGCGCUGACUCCUGAGGAGCUGGAGAAGCUGAAGGAGGCGGUGGACGAGAGGAAGAAGCUCAUCGGCACGCUCAGAGGGAAGCCCUGGCCCAUGAUGAAGAAGCUCCAAACCCUCAAGGAAUCUCAGGAGUUUGUGGAGAAAUAUGAGGGUGCUCUUGGGAUAGGAAGGGGCAGAAAGCUGUAUGCCUACAAAGUCAUGAUGCAAAAGAAAUGGAUGAAGUUCCUACGUGACUUUGAGAACUUCAAGACAGCAUGCAUCCCAUGGGAAAUGAAGAUCAAAGACAUAGAAAGUCAUUUUGGGUCCUCUGUUGCAAGCUACUUCAUCUUCCUCAGAUGGAUGUAUGGGAUUAACAUGAUUCUCUUUGGACUCAUGUUCGGCCUGGUCAUGGUUCCAGAGGCGCUGAUGGGGCGGCCGUAUGGGAGCAUUCCCAGGAAGACUGUUCCCAGAGCGGACGAAGCAAGUGCCAUGGACUUUGCCGUCUUGUGGGAUUUUGGGGGGUAUGCCAAGUACUCUGUCCUCUUCUACGGCUACUACAACCACCAGCGGACUAUUGGCUGGCUGAAGUUUCGCAUGCCUCUCUCCUACUUCCUGGUCGGGGUCGGCAUGGUGGCCUACAGCUACAUGGUGGUCAUUCGGAAGAUGGCCCGCAACGCCAAUGAGCAAGGGGGCGGAGAUGACACCAGUUUCAACUUCAGCUGGAAGAUGUUCACCAGCUGGGACUACCUCAUCGGGAACCCUGAGACCGCAGACAACAAGUUUGCCUCCAUCACCACCAGCUUCAAGGAGGCCAUUGUGGAGGAACAGGAGAACAGGAAGGAUGAGAACAUCCACCUUACCCGCUUCCUCAGGGUCCUGGCCAACUUCCUGGUGCUCUGCUGCUUGGCAGGAAGUGGAUAUCUGAUCUACUUUGUCGUCAGGAGGUCUCAGAAGUUUGCCCUGGCGGGGCUGGAGAACUACGGCUGGUGGGAGAGAAAUGAAGUGAACAUGGUGAUGUCUCUGCUGGGGAUGUUCUGUCCCAUGCUGUUCGACGUGAUCAGCUCCCUGGAGAACUACCACCCCCGCGUCGCCCUCCAGUGGCAGCUGGGCCGCAUCUUCGCCCUGUUCCUGGGCAACCUCUACACCUUCAUCAUCGCCCUCAUGGACGAGAUCAACCUCAAAAGGAAAGAGGAGGAGGGUAUAAUCGCCAACAUGACGCUGUGGCAUGCCAGCCUGUACAACGGCACCCUGGGAGAGAACGCCACCACUCCUGUCAUCACUGUGGACCCAGCGGAUGUCCCCAGAGGGCCCUGUUGGGAAACUAUGGUGGGACAGGAGUUUGUCCGCCUCAUCAUUUCUGACACCAUGACGACAUACGUGACCCUGCUGAUCGGGGAUUUCCUCAGGGCAUUGAUCGUUCGCUUCCUCAACUACUGCUGGUGCUGGGACCUGGAGUACGGCUUUCCCUCCUAUUCAGAGUUUGAUGUCAGCGGAAAUGUCCUGGGGUUAAUCUUUAAUCAGGGAAUGAUCUGGAUGGGGGCAUUUUACGCGCCGUGUCUGCCAGCGCUGAACGUGCUGCGUCUGCACGUGUCCAUGUACCUGCAGUGCUGGGCGGUGAUGUGCUGCAACGUGCCCCAGGAGCGCGUCUUCAAGGCGUCCGGCUCCAACAACUUCUACAUGGCCAUGCUGCUGGUCAUUCUGUUCCUCUCCACCCUGCCCGCCAUCUACACCAUCGUCUCCAUCCCCCCCUCCUUCGACUGCGGACCCUUCAGUGGGAAAAGUCGGAUGUUUGACGUAAUCCAGGAGACCCUGGAGAAUGAUUUUCCAGCAUGGUUUGGGAAGGUGUUCAGCUAUGUGUCCAACCCUGGCCUAGUCCUGCCAUUCCUUCUGCUGAUGAUAUUAGCAAUAUACUAUCUUCACUCCAUAUCGAAGACAUACAAACAGUCCAACCUUGAUCUUAAAAAGAAACUUCAAACACAAAAUGAUGAAAAUAAAAAGAAGAACAAGAGGGCUGCUCUUAAGGCAGCGACUGACCUGGAGGAGGUAACAGAAGACUGA